AAUGGCCUAACAUUGCAAGAAUUAAUUUGGUCUUUUCGAGGAUUCUUAUGUACCAGAAUGUCUAGAUGCUAGAAACUAUUUUUAAUUGUGUGUAAGAAUGAAUGCAUCUUAUGGUUUGGCUAAAAAGUAUUUCCCAGAGUAUAUAAUUUAUAUAUAUAAAUAUAGAUAUUUCUUAACUAAUGAAUAUUCUAGACCAAAUCCAAACUUUAAGGAAUUAGGACUAUGAA